UUGCCAAGUCAUUACAAUUAAUUGCCAGCCGUGUCUGAAAACAGAACAGCCAUCAGCUUCUUCCCCAAGUCAAAAGGUUAGCUCUCGCCACUACUGAAAUGCAAAAUGACGCAUGUACCCUUCUAGAUUAUCGUAAUCUAUCGCUCAUAUUUGCCGACCAAACGGAUAUGCCUAGACCCAUAUUUGUCAGUCCCCCUGCAUCUCUCUGCGGGUCUAUAUAUUUGGAGGCGGCAACCAGCGGUCCUUUUCGGAAGUUCUCGAGAGUUGAAUCUCUAAUUCUCAGUUCUCACAGAGCUUCUCAUAGAUCUUCUGUACAAAAAGGCUCAAGUUUGUGUUUUGAUUUUUUUGUUUUUGUUUUUUGAAUUUUGCUCUCGAACUCAGCUAUGGCUUCUGUAUCGAAGAGGUUGAGGGUAUCGAGCACCAAAGCUCUGGUUUCUGGUAAGGAGAAGGUCGGAGCUGUUUCUCGCGUUGUAGAUAACAACAAGAUAGCCGUUACAGUUCCGGUUUCCGUUCCUAGAAUGAAGCCGACGCCUGGUAUGGGGCUGUCAUUUUCCCCUGCAUGUGUCUGCCGCCAAGGGCAGCUUUUGUUUCAGAAUUACUCGAAUUUCAAACGGAGCGGUGAACCGGCCCGGCUCAUGCGAUACGCGGACGGUUCUUGGGUGGAUAUAGAGACUGGUGUGUUCGAGGUGGUCAAAGCGGAGUUUGUGAAAGGCAUAUCGCUGGUCGAAGCUGAGAUUGGAGGCUCUCAGUGUCUUCUUGACUUGCACCGGAUGAUCGAAAUCAAUCUCGACACCGGGGAUUUCCGAUCGAUUGCUUGGAUUGAUGUGAAAGGUGCGUGUUUUUUCCCGAAAUCCUCUUUCAGUUGCCUUAGUGGUGAAAACGAUUCGGUUGAUUUGGAUGAGAAAUCGAAGGAUGAAUGGUGCCCAUGUUUUGUUCGCCCGAAACUUGAAAUUGAGAUUCAAAUUACUGGACAUAUGCAAACGGCGGCGGAGGAUUUGAAUGAUGAUGCGAGGAAACUAAGUAAGAGAAAGAGAGUGAAUGAUGAUGACGGGAGUUCAUCCAAGUUUCAGGAGAAAGGUGAAGACAUGGAAGAGAGUGAGUUUGUUUCACCUAGGUGGCCGAAAACGAGGAUGCUGAGUGAGAAGGAGAAAGGGUAUCAGAUAGUAAGGAAUUUGUUUGCUCAAGGGUUGGCGGCUGUGGAGCCAGGUGCUUCGAUCGCUGCCAUUCAUCGUGUUCGAAGAGGAGGUUUCGUCGAGAAAGCUCAGCGUGAAGCCUUCCAGAAGCAGGUCAGUGUGAUGAAAGAAGCAAGAGGCAACGCUAAUGUGGUUUUGGCUUGGUUUGGAACUACAGCAAAGGGUGUGGAGAGUUUUAUGAGUCAUGGAUUUGGAACACCCGUAAAAGGAGCUCCUUGCGCUGGUUUAUACUUGUCACCUGCUCGAUCACCUAGAAUGAGUGCAAUGAUGGCUCAAGUAGAUGAGAAUGGUGAAAAACAUAUCAUUUUGUGUCGAGUUAUAUUGGGAAAAUGUGAGAAGAUAGAAGCAGGGUCUUUGGAUUUGAGCCAUUCAAGAGUGGAUUUUGACACCGGGGUGGAUGAUCUGAAAGAGCCACAAUGGUAUGGAGUGUUUGGCCCCAAUAUGAACAGCCGUGUGAUUCCCGAGUUUGUUCUUAGCUACAGACCUGCUAAGGGUAUUCGUGGUCAAGUAACUGAUGUGUGUGGAUUUUAUGUGAAGCUGAUUUCCAAGCUGAGAAGUACUCUUCCUCCAACAAAGGUGCAUGAACUGCAAACUUUGUAUAAUCUAUGGAAGGAUGGUAAACUUGGAAAAGAUGGCUUCAUGAGAGAACUAGGAUCAGUCAUUGGUGAUGAAGUGCUUCGCUCGACUAUUCAGGAAAUUCGUGGCUGAGAAUGAGGUUUUCCUUUGUAGAUUGUAGUUGGAAGGACAUUAAAAAUGUGAACAAAAAAUCUUAUACUAGAGUUAGAGAGGCAAGCCUCAAAAUUAGAGUCUAGCUUUUGAACUCAAUAGGUUUUUUAUAUAUACUUUUGUUGUAGUAGCGACAGACUUCCUUGUUUUUCUUUGUUGUGUUGAAACAGUUGAACUUUAAUUUUACUCAUUUGGAACUUGUGAUAUAAUUUUACUAUCCC